GCUGGGGGUGUGUGAGUGCGGUUUUCAGCUGUUUAUUAGAUUAGAUGUUGCGUUAUUCUACACGGGGGCUAGUGCUGUGCGGGCAGUUCUUCACCGUAGUACGAAUAGGUUGGCUCCUGUGUCGGAAUUUAUUGUUUUCCUCCCACCCCGUUCUCGGCUCGGAGAUGCGCUCCGUUGCAGUGUUGUGAAAUCUAGCAGCGAACCAUGUUGCAGUGCACUGCCAGUGAACUGGCCGCCCGAUAUCUACUUGUAGUGCGAAAGCAGUGAAUUUUUCGACUCCGACCGCGCAUCGACCGAAAAGGGUCGCCGAAUUCCGAGACCCGAGGAACGACCUGACCAGAGAACGUCUUCGUCUUCGGUGCAAACGCCACAAUCAACACCAAACCUGCACACAUCCGUCAACCGAAGCCCCGAACAGCAAUCAAUCAAACGAACUCCGGUCCGGGGCUGGUGUGACCAUAGUCCAGCGAACGCCAUCUUUCGGUCCCAAUGGCCAGCACCCAAGGGGAGGCGGUGGACACGGCGGACAGGAUGAACAACGACAAUGCAGGAUACUCGCGAGUGCGGAUAGAGGUAAUCGCCGGUCGUCAGCUUGCCAAGAAGGACAUCUUCGGAGCAAGCGAUCCGUACGUGCGCAUUGACCUGAACACCAUCGACGGCGACGUCACGAUCGAAUCGGUGCUGACGAAGACGAAGAAGAAAACCCUCGAUCCGGUGUGGAACGAGUCGUUCACGUUCCGCGUCAAGCCGAGCGUCCACAAGCUCGUGUUUCAGGUGUUCGACGAGAACCGGCUGACGCGGGACGACUUUCUCGGCAUGGUCGAGCUCGUGCUGAGCCAGCUGCCCAAGGAGCAGCCCGGGGUCGAGGUGCCGACCAAAUCCUACCCGUUGUUGCCGCGCAGUGCACGAUCGAAUGUGCGGGGGCAACUAGAACUCUAUGGUGCGUUCAUCCAGGAUGAAAACAACACCGAAACCGAUUGGGAGCUGAUCGAGUCCAGCUCGGCAGCCACAGUCACCAACACACCGCAUAGGACGAGCGGCAGCUCCAGCAGUAACAGUAACAAUGCUGCCUACGUGCUACCGGAAGGCUGGGAGGAACGACUGGAUGCCAACGGGCGGAUCUACUACGUUAAUCACGUUGCGCGCUCCACCCAAUGGGAGCGGCCAACAGCUGUGCCUAUGGAGGUGUCCCCCGAGAGCGAUAUGGAUGCCGCCUUCCAGCGCCGUGUCCAUAUAAGCGUAGAUGACAGCGCUACGGAUGGAGAGAACGGUGGUGGACAGAAUCGAGCGAUGGCGGCGCACCUGACCGAAGGCGGCCGCCGCUCGUCCAGUCGGUCGUCGAUUGGAAGUGAUAGUAGCUUACGUGGGACGCCGCAUACCGGUGGCGAUGGGGCUGAUGAUGAAAUGGACGGCACGUUCGGCGGCGGCGGAGGUGGUGGUCGACGCAGCAGCAGCAGCAGCAACAGCAGACACAGUACCGGUGUGCCGCAGCCCUCCACCAGCCAUCCACCGGCGGCCGGUAGCGAGCAGCAGCAACACAGCCAGAGCAACAGCAACAAUCCGCCCGACACCAGCGACGACCGGUCGAUGGAGUCGUCGACGUCGAACGAGGCGGAUUCGUCCGGCAGCAGCCCGUCGACCGGGGGCGGCUCGAUGGUUCUGCCGGCCGGCUGGUCCAUGCAGGUCGCACCGAACGGGCGCGUCUUCUUCAUCGAUCACAACGAGCGCAAGACGUCGUGGGUGGACCCCCGAACCGGCCGGGCCAGCCCGAUGCCGGUCAGCUUCGCCUCGGCGGUGACGAACGAUGCCCGCAAACCGGAGGACGGUCUCGCCCCGCUGCCCGAGGGCUGGGAGGAGCGCGUCCACAGUGACGGGCGUAUUUUCUUCAUCGACCACAAUUCCAGAACCACCCAGUGGGAGGAUCCGCGCCUGUCUAUUCCGAACAUAGCCGGCCAGGCGGUUCCGUACUCCCGCGACUACAAGCGCAAGUACGAGUACCUUAAGGCUCAGCUGAGGAAGCCCCAAAAUGUGCCAAACAAGAUCGAGAUUAAGGUGCGCCGUUCGUCGAUCAUGGAGGACUCGUACCGCAUCAUCAACUCGAUCACGAAGGUCGAUCUGCUGAAGACGAAACUGUGGAUCGAGUUCGAGGGCGAGACGGGCCUGGACUACGGGGGGCUCGCGCGCGAAUGGUUCUAUCUGCUGUCGAAGGAGAUGUUCAAUCCGUACUACGGGCUGUUCGAGUACUCGGCGAUGGACAACUACACGCUGCAGAUCAACCCGUACAGUGGGCUGUGCAACGAGGAGCACCUGCUGUACUUCAGAUUUAUCGGUCGCGUGGCGGGGAUGGCCGUCUAUCAUGGCAAGCUGCUGGAUGCGUUCUUCAUACGGCCGUUCUACAAGAUGAUGCUGCAGAAGCCGAUCGAGCUGAAGGACAUGGAGGCGGUCGACACGGAGUACUACAACUCGCUGGUGUGGAUCAAGGAGUACGACCCGAGCGAGCUGGCGCUGACGUUCUGCGUGGACGAGGAGACGUUCGGUGCGACGUCGCAGCGCGAGCUCAAACCGAACGGCGCCGAUAUCAGCGUGACCGAGGAGAACAAGGACGAGUACAUCAAGCUGGUGAUCGAGUGGCGGUUCGUGUCGCGCGUCCAGGAGCAGAUGUCCGCCUUCCUGGACGGCUUCGGCUCGCUGGUGCCGCUCAACCUGCUGAAGAUAUUCGACGAGAACGAGCUGGAGCUGCUGAUGUGCGGCAUCCAGAGCAUCGAUCUGCGCGACUGGAAGCGCAACACGCUGUACAAGGGCGACUACUACCCGAACCAUCUCGUCAUCCAGUGGUUCUGGCGCGCGGUCCUGUCCUUCUCGAACGAGAUGCGCGCCCGGCUGCUGCAGUUCGUCACCGGCACCUCGCGCGUCCCGAUGAACGGCUUCAAGGAGCUGCACGGUUCGAACGGGCCGCAAAUGUUUACGAUCGAGAAGUGGGGCACACCGGACAACUUUCCCCGCGCCCACACGUGCUUCAACCGGCUCGAUCUGCCGCCGUACGAAAGCUACCUGCAGCUGAAGGAUCGGCUCGUUCAGGCCGUCGAGGGUAGCCAGGGUUUCGCGGGCGUCGAUUAGAGCGGGAGAGCAUGGUAUAUACAUAUAUUUUAUUUUUCGUUGUUGUUGUUGUCGUCGUUGCCCAGUGAACACGAAGUCACCCGUCCAAGAUACACACAGAGCGGCCAGCAAAGGAUGUGCGACCUACUUAAAUAGAAAACGCCGCGUACUCAGCAAAAGAAAACAAGAAAAACCCCACAAGUGUACACAUCAUGCAAAACCGCUUUCUAGAAUGUUUUAAAAUAUUCCGUUUUUGGUGUCUCCGAUGCGCGACAGUUUUCGGUCAAAAAGCAAAACAAAAAUACGAUUAUCAAAAGACAGGUAGCAGGUAGAGUUAAUAGUCGGACGCAAUUUUAGCUGACAGCGUAGGAGGAGAGUGGUAUGGGGAAGUCAAUAUAGAGUCAGCUCAUGACAAUCAACGAUAGCGGAGAUUUCGAUUAGCUCUAGCGGAGCGAUGGUAGCUGUAGCGCGGCCAGCUGGUGAUAAGAUCGAUCGAGGGCGGCCGGAUAGUGUUUUAGAAAAUGAGAAAGGAAACGUGAUACCCUGAUAGCUGCCAAACAUGGAAACAUUAAGCAAGAGUCAACGCGGAUGACCACCCCGGUCUUACAAGCGACACUUGACACACCGAGUAGAUAUCGUACUAUUAGCUGGAUCUUUCUAGUAAAUACCGCUAACAUUAGCUGCUUCGAUCCCCCAGUUCUGUUGUGCAGUUUGCAACAUUUUUUUUUUCGAACUACCGAACCGCAAUAAUCCAAAGAGAGGCGUGUUUGCACUAGGAUGGCUUAUACAAGGGUUUUAGGUUCCAUUAAUUCAUUACCUCGAGCGAGAGAUAGGAGGAAGGAGAUUUGUAGCGUUACUUAGUUUUUGGAUGAUCGAACCGAUGGUGUGUUUGUUCGUGUGUGUAUGUGUGUGUGUGUAUGUGUGUGAUAUGGAAGAAAGAGAUAAAGAAAAGAAGAAAAAGAGAAAGGUUUACGAGAUGUAUGUUUAACGAAAAGGGGUUUGUUGUUUGCCCACAGUAUGAAGGUUAAUAUCCAGAUACAAGACGAUCGCCGUGGAUGGAUGUGAUGAUUAUAAAUUUAUGUACGUAAGCACGUCUGCGUAUGUGUGUGUGUGUGUGCGUGUGUGUGAACAUGUUGACUGUGUGCCUGUUCGAGGGGGAUGAGAGAUAAGACACAAGAGAGCACGGGGAGGGGGGGAAGGAGAGUGAUAAGUAAAGACACGUGGUCAAGUAGAUAAAACUGAUUUAAAAAGCAGCUAAACAUGAAGCGGUGAAGCGCCGCGAGGCGUGUGGGAUUUUUUUUCGGGAGGUAAACAGGGAGGACAUAUGGAAGAAAACAAAGCAAAACAAAAACGAAAAAAAAAAACAAUACUAGAUACACACUUACGUUCUCUCCUCGUUGACCUGUUUCUCCGAUCCC